AUGCCUCCUCUGAACGACGACACCGGCCGCAGCCGAGUAUCAUUCCGACGCGCCUCCAUCCUCAACUUCCUCAAUACCCAUAAGAACAGCAAAAACGAUAGUGAGAACCAAGAAGAUGGCAACGGCCAUGACCAACCCGAAUCCGGACACCAGUCAAAGAGCCAAGCUGCCCGGGGCUGGCAUCACCAUCCUCAUCAUCUCCGCCAUCACUCUGCUGCCCCGCCUCUUAGCAGCAACCCCGUACAUAGUGGCCCGCCCCAACUCCAGCUCCCGUCCUGGUCCAGCAACAACCUACAAGAAGACGGCAUCCCAACCGAUGCCACCUCCAACCCUGCAGAAUCACGCUCCUCUGCCAGGGACGUCAAACUCGACGAGCCUACCUGGAGGAAGCUCUUCGCCAACGACGAGAACAGGAGAGCCGCCGCCAGAAGGAAGAAGGAGGAAGAGGAGAACCAUGUCCGAGAGAGAAGGGCCAACGAGGCCGCGCGCAUCAUCUAUGCCUCGUGCAUGGCUGGGCAUCGGGUCCAGAGGCGCAGAGCGAGGGCGAGAAGGCUCGUGGACCUGGCGGGGACAGCCAGAGACGGGACGGCAGUGCAGGCGGAGCGGUCCGAUGCCGUAAGGAGGCUGGGCCGGUUCGCCGAAAACGCGGAUCCGUUUCCCGAUCUGUACUGGCGCGCCUGGGGCCAUGCCAUACCCCCCGCGUUGGAGAUGGACCCCUUCGGGGAGAUGUGGGAGGACGGGGUGGAAGAGAAGGGCGAGCAGGCAGGGAGGGACGGUUUCGAUGGAACCUCGCCGCCGCACGGUGGCAGGAAGAGAGGCUCAGUCGUGGACGGUGCAACUGUGGACGUCCAUGCGGUCGGUAUAACCGAGCAAGAAGAGGUGUUGCCCAAUUGGAAGGCUCCGAGGGCAACUACCCGCUCGACCACAGACCGUGUAGUUUCUGGAGGUGACGACCAGGGGCAAGGAAACGAGCAGUCCGCAGACUCUUGUGCUCUACCGACUGACAAAGCACAAGGAGUUGAGCGGGAAAGGGGAGAGGUGCCGCGGGAGCAUAAACAAGCACAGGAGCCCGAGGAAAGCGAGGCAGAGACGGCAAUCUCCAUAACGGAGCCGAAGCAGAGCGAGUUACCGGAGAGUAGCACGAGCGGCCAACGAGAUCCAAACGACGAGGUUGACACACCGACUAGACACAAGGGCAAAGGCAAACUUAUCGAACCUUCAUUCGUUGCCGCUAACCGUAGCGAAGCGACACUCCAUGGAGUCCAGAGUACCCGCACCGGCAGCAAUAGUGAACCUGAUGGCGAGGAGCCACGACAGUCAGAUUCACUCAAAAUGCGGAGAGGCGAUAACCGGCGCCGGACGCUCACUUUCGGUGCCGCUGGCACCUCCGGGGCCGAAAGUUCCUCGGGGAUUGAGCCCACCUCCGCGACUGAGCCUACCCUUGGGACAAUGCCUAGUUCGGGCCCUGGACUCACCUCCACGAGACCAACGACGUCGAAUACUGUAUCUAGUGACGCCAGUUUUGAUAUCUCGGUGGCUGCACCUACAGCCAGGGCUGCUGGACUGCCUCCUCGCCCGCCGAACAACAGCCGGGAUUCGGAGAUCCCAAAGUCCGACAUGUCCACAUCCAGCAGCGAGAUAUAUCUCAGUGGAAACGAAGGUUCACAAAUGUGGCGGCGACUACAGUCGCAACAGGCGAAAGGCAGCAGUGUCUCUGCCAGCAUAGGGAAUGAAAGCAGGUUUAGCAGCAGGCUUAAACCGGGGCAGAGCGGGAGUAAAGGGACACUUCCGCUGGUAGGGCCAGAACCGCAGCGGCCAAUGGGUGUCGCCUCCGCUGGCCGAGAGAGUGAAGAUACGGCCGAUGGGGGCACAAGGGAGCGAGGGUCGAGACGCGCCACCCUGAGAGCCACCCUCAGACGGCUCUUCCGACCAAGCCGGGUGGACAAGCAAAGGCCGAUCUGA